CAUCAGAUCUAGGGGUGGCCCCGCAGCUUGCACGGGGAGAGCAGCUGCGGAGGCUGGCGCAGCCAGGGAGCGCCUGCGCCCCCUGUCGUGCACUCUGGGCAGGCAGGCUUCACUGUGGCCCAGCCGGUGGUGCUGGCCACGUCCUGCCGGAAGACUUCGGGGACCCGAGAAGGGCGCCCCCGGGCGCGGACGGGGUCGGCGUUAGCAUAGGGAUGAGGGUGUCGCGGCGAGGCCGCCUUCCCCACCAUUCGCCCGCUUUGGCUGCGCCGCGAGGAAGACAGGAAGGCGCGAGCCGGGCACGUGGGAAUCCAGGUUUGACUUGCACUGAUUUUGGCCUCCGGUCCAGUCCAGAAUGGUUUGUUCUUGGGACCAGACCUGACCAGAAGUGACCUCAUGAGCACAUCAACCUCUCCAGCUGCCAUGCUCCUCCGGAAGCUGAGGCGGCUCUCCUGGGGCAGCACUGCUGUCCAGCUCUUCAUCUUAACGGUGGUGACGUUUGGCCUGCUGGCCCCCCUGGCCUGCCACCGGCUUCUACACUCUUACUUCUAUCUCCGCCAUUGGCAUCUGAACCAAAUGAGCCAAGAGUACCUGCAACAAAGCUUGAAAGAGGGUGAAGCUGCCCUCCACUACUUUGAGGAGCUGCCCUCCGCCAACGGCUCAGUGCCCAUCGUCUGGCAGGCCACGCCCCGUCCCUGGCUGGUCAUCACGAUCAUCACCGUGGACAGGCAACCUGGCUUCCACUACGUCUUGCAGGUGGUGUCCCAGUUCCACCGACUUCUUCAACAAUGUGGACCCCAGUGCGAGGGACACCAACUCUUCCUGUGCAACGUGGAGCGCAGUGUAAGCCAUUUCGAUGCCAAGCUGCUGUCCAAGUACGUCCCCGUGGCCAACCGCUAUGAAGGCACCGAGGAUGAUUAUGGCGACGACCCUUCAACCAACUCGUUUGAGAAAGAGAAGCAGGACUAUGUCUAUUGCCUGGAGUCCUCCCUGCAGACCUACAACCCAGACUACGUCCUGAUGGUAGAAGACGACGCCAUUCCAGAAGAGCAGAUCUUCCCAGUUUUGGAGCACCUGUUGCGGGCUCGCCUCUCUGAGCCGCACCUUAGAGAUGCCCUUUAUUUAAAGCUCUAUCAUCCCGAGAGGCUCCAGCACUACAUCAACCCAGAGCCCAUGAGGAUCCUGGAGUGGGUCGGUGUGGGCAUGUUGCUGGGGCCCUUACUGACCUGGAUAUACAUGCGGUUUGCCAGCCGUCCGGGGUUUAGCUGGCCCGUCAUGCUCUUCUUCUCCUUGUACAGCAUGGGUCUGGUGGAACUGGUGGGCCGGCACUAUUUUCUGGAACUGCGGCGGCUGAGCCCUUCCCUGUACAGUGUGGUCCCUGCUUCACAGUGUUGCACCCCGGCCAUGCUCUUCCCUGCCCCUGCGGCCCGCCGGACACUCACCUACCUGUCCCAGAUAUACUGCCACAAAGGCUUUGGCAAGGACAUGGCACUGUACUCGCUGCUGAGGGCCAAGGGAGAGCGGGCCUAUGUGGUGGAGCCCAACCUGGUAAAACACAUCGGGCUCUUCUCCAGCCUCCGGUACAACUUUCAUCCUAGUCUGCUCUAGCAGGUCAAGAAAUGUCUUUCUGAAAAUGUCCACUUCUUGGAGAUUGAAAUAAGGAGCUCUUUACUUAGAUAUGGUCACUUGUAGAUAUUUCAUUGUUUAAUGUUGCUGGAGAUAUAGGCGCUGGGACAGCUGAGGAAUGGGACAGCUGAGAAACGGGACAGCUGAGGAACAGACCCGCCAGGAACCUUGGCUUUGGUAACCCUAUUGGGAGCAGCCGUUGGCCACAGGUCCAGACCUCUGUCCCUUCCACAAAGCCACACUGCCUCAUGCAGUCUGACCCACCCAACGAGGGGGCAUUUAAAUGCCUGUUACAUUCUCUAGUUGUUUUCAGCUCUGGUUCGUGAUGGAGCUUGUGACUGCCAAAAAUAUUGUACACCACGAUAUGACUGUUUUAGGCUUUUAAGCGUAGAAUUUGGUGAAAGGUGAGAUCCUUUCUAAUCGAUUUCAUCAUCAUUGGGCAUGAGAAUGGAUGUACGUUUGGAAUAUAUGUUUAAAGAGGCAGGACCGUGUUGAUAGACGCCACUUGUUUCCUUAACCUGGUGUAAUAAAAGCUGUGCAGUGCCCAGCAUCCUGGAAGCAGGUGACCUGG